AUGGCAACCACUUCGCCCUUCACGGUGUCCGCUACGGAGGCCAAUAGACUCGUCCAGCAGUGCAAUAAGGACGACAAUCACCGACACUGCUACCUGCUGCAGGUAAGCUUCCAGCCCGUAUACGGCGACGUGGAAAUCCCCCAGUCUGUCUACAAGAAGCUCCCGCGGCUGGUGAAUGGAAUUCCCCUUGGGGCGGGCAGGAUGACCCGACAGGACGUGUGCGGGAUACGCUGGAGGUACCUGGAAGGAAACGCUCAAAGAUCGCUGUGUUUUGUGUCUAAUCCGAUGAUACAAGAAGACGCUGAAGAGACGCGCCGGCUGUUGAAAGACCAGCUGAUUUUACAGUCACAACAGCUGUUCGGUGAGAUCACCGUGAAAACGAACGUAAUUCUCUCGCAGUGUUUGCACUUCGACCAGGACUUCUUCGUCAACGAUAUUGCGCUGUGCUUGAACGAAGGACUUCAUUUUUUAGAUUGA